GCGCUCUGCUAUGAAUCAGAUCAAGGACAGUGAAGAGGAAGCUCCGCCCUCUAAAACCACUCUGUGUGAGGAACAUGAGGGUCAGAGGAGGAUCCAUCAACAGAGACCAGACUCUGCUGGACCUGGACCAGGACCCAGCUGUGUGUCCAUGAAGAGUGACUGGUCCAUGGAAGAACCUUUGACCUUCAAACAAGAACAGAGGAGGAUCCAUCAACAGGGACCAGACUCUGCCAGACCUGGACCUGGACCCAGCUGUGUGUCCAUGAAGAGUGACCAGUCUAUAGAUCGUUAUAUUAACUUCAAGGAUGGACAAAAACAUGAUGAACUGAUAGUUGAUCAGCAGAGGACAGAGGUUCUCAGUGGUCAGUCUGUCCAGCAGCAUGGAGCAGACCUGGACUCCAUAUUUAAGCUGCUGGAGGAGAACAUCAUCUGCUUUGUGAAGAACGAGCUGAAGAAGAUCCACAAGGUUCUGGAUACAGAUCACACAGAAGUCUCAGAGAGUCAGAGGGAGGAUGAGGAGCAGAGGAGCAGCAGAGAGGCCUUUCUGAAGAUCACAGAGGACUUCUUAAGGAGGAUGAAGCAGGAGAAGCUCGCUGACAAAAUUAGAGCUUCAGCUUGUCGACGUGAACUCAAAUCAAACCUGAAGAAGAAGUUCCAGUGUUUGUUUGAGGGCGUGGCUAAAGCAGGAAACUCCACCCUUCUGAAUGAGAUCUUCACAGAGCUUUACAUCACAGAGGGAGAGACUGGAGAGGUCAAUGAAGAACAUGAGGUCAGACAGAUUGAAAAAGCUUCCUGGAAAUCAGACAGACCAGAAACAUCCAUCAGACAAGAAGACAUCUUUAAAGCCUCAGCUGGAAGAGGCGGACCAAUUAGAAGAGUGAUGACAAAGGGCGUGGCUGGCAUUGGGAAAACAGUGUUAACACAGAAGUUCACUCUGGACUGGGCUGAAGACAAAAGCAACCAGGACGUACAGUUCAUGUUUCCCUUCACCUUCAGAGAGCUGAAUGUGCUGAAAGAGAAGAAGUUCAGUUUGGUGGAACUCAUCCAUCACUUCUUCACUGAAACCAAAGAAGCAGGAAUCUGCAGGUUUGAAGACUUUAAGGUGGUCUUCAUCUUUGAUGGUCUGGACGAGUGUCGACUUCCUCUGGACUUCCACAACACUGAGAUCCUGACUGACGUCACAGUGUCCACCUCAGUGGACGUGCUGCUGACAAACCUCAUCAGGGGGAAACUGCUUCCCUCUGCUCACCUCUGGAUAACCACACGACCUGCAGCAGCCAAUCAGAUCCCUCCUGACUGUGUGGACAUGGUGACAGAGGUCAGAGGGUUCACGGACCCACAGAAGGAGGACUACUUCAGGAAGAGGUUCAGAGAUGAGAAGCAGGCCAGGAGGAUCAUCUCCCACAUCCAGACAUCACGAAGCCUCCACAUCAUGUGCCACAUCCCAGUCUUCUGCUGGAUCACUGCAACAGUUCUGGAGAACAUGCUGAAAACCAGAGAUGGAGGAGAACUGCCCAAGACCCUGACUGAGAUGUACAUCCACUUCCUAGUGGUUCAGUCCAAAGUGAAGAAGGUCAAAUAUGAUGGAGGAGCUGAGACGGAUCCACACUGGAGUCCAGAGAACAAGAAGAUGAUUGAGUCUCUGGGGAAACUGGCUUUUGAGCAGCUGCAGAAAGGAAACCUGAUCUUCUAUGAAUCAGACCUGACAGAGUGUGGCAUCGAUAUCACAGCAGCUUCAGUUUACUCAGGAGUCUUCACUCAGAUCUUUAAAGAGGAGAGAGGCCUGUACCAGGACAAGGUCUUCUGCUUUGUCCAUCUGAGUGUUCAGGAGUUUCUUGCUGCUCUUCAUGUUCAUCUGACCUUCAUCACCUCUGGAACAAAUCUGUUGUCAGAAGAACCAACAACGAGCCAGUGGUCCAUACAAACAAACAAACCUGAACUGAAUCAUCUGCACCAGAGUGCUGUGGACGAGGCCUUACUGAGUCCAAAUGGACACCUGGACUUGUCCCUCCGCUUCCUCCUGGGUCUUUCACUGGAGACCAAUCAGAAGCUCUUAAGAGGUCUACUGACACAAACAGGAAGUGGUUCACAGACCAAUCAGAAAACAGUUGAGUACAUCAAGAAGAAGAUCAGUGAGAAUCUGUCAGCAGAGAGAAGCAUCAACCUGUUCCAUUGUCUGAAUGAACUGAACCAUCGUUCUCUUGUGGAGGAGAUCCAAGAGUCCCUCACAUCAGGACGCCUGUCCACAAAGACACUGUCUCCAGCUCAGUGGUCAGCUCUGGUCUUCAUCUUACUGUCACCAGGAAAAGAUCUGGAAGAGUUUGACCUGAAGAAAUACUCUGCUUCAGAGGAGGCUCUUCUGAAGCUGCUGCCGGUGGUCAAAGUCUCCACCAAAGCUCUACUGAGUGGCUGUAACCUCUCAGAGAGAAGCUGUGAAGCUCUGUCCUCAGUCCUCAGCUCUGUGUCCUCUUGUCUGAGACACGUGGACCUGAGUAACAACGACCUGCAGGAUCCAGGAGUGAAGCUGCUGUGUGAUGGACUGAAGAGCCCUCACUGUUCUCUGGAGACUCUCAGUCUGUCAGGUUGUCUGGUCUCAGAGGAAGGAUGUUCUUCUCUGACCUCAGCUCUGAACUCCAACCCCUCCCAUCUGAGAGAACUGGACCUGAGCUACAAUCAUCCAGGAGACUCAGGAGAGAAGCUGCUGUCUGCUGGACUGAAGAGUCCUCACUGGAGACUGGACACUCUCAGGAUGGACCAUGCUGGAGAGCAGAGGUUAAAACCUGGUCUCAGGAAGUAUUCAUGUGAACUGGAACUGGACACAAACACAAUGAACAGAAAACUCAAACUGUCUGACGACAACAGGAAAGUGACCUGUGUGACAGAAUAUCAGUCGUAUCCUGAUCAUCCAGACAGAUUUGAGUUCUGGUCUCAGCUGCUGUGUAGACCUGGUCUGACUGGUCGCUGUUACUGGGAGGUCGAGUGGAGAGGAGAUGUUUAUAUAUCACUGAGUUACAGAGGAAUCAAGAGGAAAGGCCACAGUUCUGACUGUGUGUUUGGAUAUAAUGAUCAGUCCUGGAGUCUGAUCUGCUCUGAUGAUCAUGGUAACUCUGUCCUUCACUGUGGGACACGAACACCCAUCAUGUCCUCUGUCUCUCACAGAGUAUCAGUGUAUGUGGACUGUCCUGCUGGGACUCUGUCCUUCUACAGCGUCUCCUCUGACUCACUGAUCCACCUCCACACCUUCAGGACCACAUUCACUGAACCGGUUUAUCCUGGGUUCCGGGUCUGUCCUGGUUCCUCAGUGUCUCUGUGUCCUCUGUAGGACAUGAAGAGACAGCAGCUUCAGUGGUGGACGAGGUCAA